ACUUUUUUUAAUUCUUUAACAUCCAAUCUUAUUCAUACAAGGGCAUUUGCUUCUUCACUUUCACUUUCACUUGCUCUUUAUUACAUUACACUACAUUCAUUCCAUCUUUUAUAUAUUUGUACAACAUACACCUUAUACACCAAUAUCUACUCGCUCGACAGCAAAAGACAUCCGAGGAAACAACAAUGGUUCAUAUCCCAAUUGUCUCCCGGCUCAGUCUGAGCGACUACUCGUCCAUCACCCUGACCUUUGUCAUCCUCGGCAUCGAGACAUGCUGUCGCAUGGUCGCCUUCCUCAUCCCCGGAUUCAUUCUUGAUGCCCUUAAAGCCUUUCUUGAGAAGUUAUUCCCAUGGAUUGUUACCAACUACAUAUCAUCAAAAGCACCCCCACUCGAAAGUGCAGCCAAUGUGCAAGAAAUGCUUCGGUUCUGGAACUACCCGGUCCAAGAGCAUCUUGUGCGGACACAGGAUAACUAUCUGUUGGGUAUCCACAGAAUUACACAUGGUCGUGAGCAAAUCUCCGCCAAAGGUGUUGUUCCAGAUCCUCCGGAGGACAUUGUAAAGUUUUUAAAGAAACAUGGUGUUCCCCUGGCUGCAGAAACAAAAGAGGCACACCUUGAAAGGAGCAAGAGGAGCAGACGGGAUCAAGAAGAGAAUCUGGAGGCUGAUCUUGAUACUCAUCCCAGAAGGAAAUCAAAGAAAAACGACUACAUCAAACCCGUCGUCCUACUCUACCACGGGUUCAUGAUGUGCUCCGAAGUCUGGCUCUGUAACUUGGAUGAAGAGAGAAACUUGGCCUUUGUCUUAGCAGAAGCAGGAUAUGACGUCUGGUUGGGCAAUGCCCGUGGCAACAAAUAUUCACUUAAACACAUGUUCCUCAAACCGCACGAAAACAAAUUUUGGGAGUUUGGCAUGGAUGAACUUGCAAUGUUUGAUAUGCCAGAUACGGUUGACUACAUCCUCGCCAGAACAGGAGCACCCUCAUUGGUUUACAUUGGAUUUUCACAAGGAACUGCUCAAGCAUUCGCUUCACUCUCUAUCAACCCCUCACUUAAUGACAAAAUUUCCCUAUUCAUUGCCCUUGCCCCUGCAACAACUCCACCUGGACUCGAUAAUGGACUCGUCAACUCGAUUGUCAAGGCCGCACCCAAUGUCAUCUAUCUGCUCUUUGGUCGAAAGACCCCUCUAACAGCAGCCCUAUUCUGGCAGAAUCUUUUGCAUCCAACAGCCUAUGCCGUUGUGAUUGAUUGGGCCGUCAAGUUCCUCUUUGGAUGGAAUUGUACUUCAAUGAGCCGUGUGCAAAAAGCAGUUUCGUAUCAACAUCUCUACAGUUUCACCAGUGUUAGGAUCCUUGUGCACUGGUUCCAAAUCAUUAGAACUCAAGUUUUUCAAAUGUACGAUGAUGUGUUACCCAGGGUUCCUUAUCUUUCUUCAACUCGGAGUCAUUGCCCCCAUCCCUUCCCAACAAAUCAAAUCACCACACCUAUCGCCAUUUUCUACGGAGGAAGUGACACCCUUGUCGACGUGAAAGCUCUCCUGUCUGAUCUUCCCGAAUUGGUGGGCAUCUGGGAAGUCCCUAACUACGAGCAUCUGGACUUCCUUUGGGCGGAUGGCUUGGAGAAAUAUGUUUAUCCCAAAAUUCUACAGCUUCUUGAAUCACAUUCAUUCAAUGGACACAUUUCUAGCGAAGAGGCCAAAAGACAGAGCAUUGAGCGAAUGUCCUCUAACGGACUGAAUACCUAUAGACGAGAGAUCCGUAAACUCGCUUACGAGCUUGAAGGCCUUGACUCUGAUAUCGAGCAGGAAAAUGAAGUUUACACUGAUUCAACCGUGGACACCCCAAAGGAAGAAGAAGAGCAAUCGUUGGUAUCAGAUGAAUCAAAUGAUUCGACAAAGAAACAACAACAACAACGCCGUCAGCCUGUAGAUGUCCAGGAUCAACAACAGCAACAAUAUGGACACUAAUGAGCAUAGAUAGAUCAAGAGAAAAAAA